AUGCAACCGCCUCGUCGUGUCACAAAAGCAGUCAACUAUGCCGAACCCGAGGAAGACGAGCUGGAUUUGGAUCAUUCCGACGCAGAGACGGUCGACGUCGUCCUGGAGGGCUCGCAAAUGAAUAGGUAUCUAAAAACUGGAGAGGCAUGCACCACGUCUCGUCCAGAGGAGAACUUCGUAUCCUUUGUCGACAGAGGUCCGUCGGAGGAGGAGCUUGCAGAAGCCAGGAGAGAGAUCAAAUCUGGCGAAACUAAGCUGGCAAAACUCGCGGCAAAACACGCAAAACUCUCCGCCCAGCUCAAAGAAAUCGAAGAGGAGCAAGAGCAAGUAAAGGAGGAGAUUGCGUAUCACCAAUCCAUCGCAACAAAAAUGCGUCGCUUCCCACACGAGGUCCUCUCGCUCAUAUUUGAGCAGUGCAUCGAGGUGGACGAGAACUUUUCGCCCUGGACUCUGAUGCAAGUAUCGCGCGCUUGGAGAUCCGUGGCGAUGCAUACGCGUCCUCUGUGGUCCAGAAUUGUCGUUUUACUGGAGAACAGAGACGCAGUGCCUCGGAAGGGCAAUCGUCGCGAAGACGGAGGGGAGAUCUGCGACACCGUCGCGCGCCUUCAAAGGGCUCUCGCUCGCUCUGCAGGGGGCCCACUCAAGGUCGCCAUCCGCGGUUACGGAUAUGCUCAGACGUUCUAUGGGGACUCAAAGCAGACGGUUCUCGCCAUGCUCAAUGCCCUCAAAAUGGUCCAUGACCGCAUCGAAUCACUCGAGACGACGGGUGCAGUUGGUUCAUGGAUGGAAGAGCUACCAUUCGAUGACUGGACGUUCAUGGGUCUUCGCACUGCAAAAGUCAAUCUGUCGUUGAAAAAGCUCAACGAGCGUAUUCAACAGACAGCACCGAACCUCCGAUCACUCGAGCUUCCUAGCGGUGCUGAAGAGUCAAAUUGGGAUCUUUCGAGACACCGGGUCGAGGAGCUCAAUAUAUCGUCUACUGGGACAUACCCGUCCGACGCAGCGGAGCGAGGGAAGCGAAUUCUAGAUAUUGUCAACAAAGCAAGCAUUCACUUGACAAGUCUCGACUUACAAAACACGGUUAUAUCCUCUGCAAACAGGGAACCGGCUCUCAUAUUCCCCAACCUUCGAUCGUUGGUCCUUCAGGGUGUACAUUUUCACAGAAAAUUGAGUGUUCCGCAUCUCGAGACACUCAAAAUGAGCGAAUGGACCAAGUUGGAAGAUGACGCAACACCACUGGACGUUCCGUCUCUCCGCUUGCUCUCGAUUACUCGAUGUAUGAGGGGGUCUUGCGGGAAGAUUAUGGCUCCCAAGGUGCAAGAAGUCGAGCUAGCGUGUAUCACAACCAAUGGGAGGGCACGUCCAAAGGAUUUUAUACAAGAGUUUUUGGAGGAAGGGAAUAUGGCACCCACAGUCCUGACUCUCCGAGGGUGCGACACAACGGACAUGGGCAAAGAAUAUGCCAAGGUGCUCGACACGAUCACGACGCUCGAAGAUCUGAGCUUCUCAGAGAUGUCGCUGAGCAAGGAGUUCUUCGAGGGGCUGGCUGGAAUUACUUUGGCGACAAAGGUCCCCGCAGCGCGUAAAAAGCCCAUUUGUCCCCAAUUGAGGAAGUUCCACAUCAGUCUGGUUGGGGUUGGACACGUUGGAAGUGAGAGAGCGAUGCAGAAAUGGGCUUCCAAAGCGGUGAAGGCAAGGGCGAGACGAGGAUACGCUUUAGAGGAGGCGUUGAUUCAAGAUCCAAAGGAGUCUACGUGGAGCAGCCUUCGUUGA